AUGCCAUCCUUCUUCUUACUUAGCGUCCCCUGCAUCCUGGUGGCUUGGAUGCUCCUGGCAAGCAGCAGCAGCAGCCCCGACGAGGAGAAGCUGAUCAGGGUCCUGGUGCUGCUGCCCAAGGACAACUCCUACCUGUUCUCCCUGGCCAGGGUCAAGCCAGCCAUCGAGUACGCCGUGCGGAGCCAGCAGGAGAACGGGACCUGCCUGCCGGGCUACCGCUUCGAGGUCAUCUACGAGGACUCCGAGUGCGGCAACCGGGCGCUCUUCAGCCUGGUGGACCUGGUGGCCCUGAAGCAGCAGAAACCGGACCUGCUGCUGGGGCCCGUCUGCGAGUACGCGGCUGCCCCGGUGGCCCGGCUGGCCUCCCACUGGAACCUGCCCAUGAUCUCGGCUGGGGCGCUGGCCACCGGCUUCAGCACCAAGACGGGCGAGUACUCGCACCUGACCCGGGUCUCGCCCGCCUACUCCAAGAUGGGCGAGAUGUUCCUGGCCCUGUUCCGGCACCACAAGUGGAGCCGGGCCACCCUGCUCUACAGCGACAACAACCAGGAGCGCAACUGCUACUUCACCAUGGAGGGGGUGCAUGUGGUCUUCCAGGAGGAGGCGUUCCCCAUGGCCGUCCACAGCUUCGACGAGAGCGGCCGCUACUUGGACCUGGACGAGAUCGUGCGCUCCAUCCAGGCCGGGGAGCGAGUUGUAAUAAUGUGUGCCAGCGGUGACACAAUAAGGAACAUCAUGCUAGCUGCUCAUCGACAAGGAAUGACCAAUGGGGACUACGCUUUCUUCAAUAUUGAACUCUUCAACAGCUCGUCAUAUGGAAAUGGCUCGUGGAAGAGAGGAGACAAACACGACCUUGAAGCAAAGCAAGCCUACUCAUCCCUCCAAACAGUCACUCUACUGAGGACAGUGAAACCUGAGUUUGAGAGGUUUUCCAUGGAAGUGAAAAGUUCUGUUCAGAAACAAGGUCUGAACGAGGAUGAUUACAUUAACAUGUUUGUGGAAGGAUUCCAUGAUGCCAUUCUCCUCUAUGCUCUGGCUUUGCGUGAAGUCCUAAAAUAUGGCUUUAGCAAGAAGGAUGGGGAUAAAAUUGUUCAUCAGACACGGAACAGGACAUAUGAAGGCAUUGCAGGGCAGGUAUCCAUCGAUGCCAAUGGAGACCGAUAUGGGGAUUUCUCAGUGAUUGCAAUGACCAACCCAGAAGCAGGCACACAGGAGGUGAUUGGGGACUACUAUGGAAAGCAAGGGCGUUUUGAAAUUCGAUCAAACGUGAAGUAUCCUUGGGGUCCUGGCAAGCUGAGAAUAGAUGAAAACAGAGUUUUAGAGCACACGAACAAUACGCCUUGUAAAUCAUCAGGUGGCCUAGGAGAGUCGGCAGUUACAGGGAUCGUAGUGGGCGCCUUACUUGGAGCAGGAUUACUAAUGGCUUUCUACUUUUUCAGAAAGAAAUACAGAAUAACUAUUGAGAGACGAAGUCAACAGGAAGAGUGUAAUGUGGGCAAGCAUCGGCAGUUACGUGAAGACUCCAUUAGAUCUCAUUUUUCUGCUGCGUAA